AUGGGGAAAUCGGCCCAAAGGCAGGCCGGAAAAAGGGCAGAUAAAAAGCCCAAGAACAAAAGAAAUGGCCGCCGGGGACGAGUUCGCGCGGCGCCUCACCGACGAGGCGCUGAGCCGGAUGCACUACCUGCACGCCGCCUUGACGGAGACGCUCAGGCUCUACCCCUCCCUUCCCUUGGCUGUUGGCUCUGGACACGUACGGGUUCAGAACAACGAGUGCUUUCUCUGACGAGUGACGACGUUCUACCGGACGGGUUCAGCGUCGGCAAGGGGGACAUCGUGUUCUACGGAGUACGUGCCUUGGGCCGGAUGGAGUACCUGUGGGGGAGGGACGCCGAGGCCUUCCGCCCCGAGCGCUGGCUCGACGACAACGGCGAGUUCCAGCAGGAAAGCCCGUUCAAGUUCACAGCUUUUCAGGCCGGCCCGAGGAUAUGCUUGGGGAAGGAGUUCGCGUACCGGCAGAUGAAGGUGCUGGCGGCCGUGCUGCUCCGCUUCUUUGUGUUCAGGCUGCGGGACGAGGCGGCCAGCGUCAGCUACAGGGCCACGAUCACGCUACUCAUUGAGGACGGCCUGCAUCUGACGAGCUGGGUCCCGCGGCUCCUCUCCGACAGGUGGGUCCCGCGGCUCCUCUGUGGCGUGCCACGUCAGCCAAAGUGGUAA